AUGAGCACCACCGAAGCCACAACCAAUCAUGUCACCUCGGCCAACAAGCCGGUGCUCAAUGGUGUGAUCAAUACGCGCCAGAGCGAAGACGUAAAGCCCGCGGCUCCCGUAUUGCCAACGCCCGCCCAAGCCGCGGCGCGAGCACCGUCGACCACAUUCUUACGCCUGUCGGCCGGCACGAUUUAUUUCUUCUUCGGCUUCUUGAAGUUCUUCCCCGACCUGAGCCCGGCCGAGUUGUUGGCCAGCCAGGCGGUGAUGCGACUGACCUUGGGCAUUCUCGAUGCUCAGACGGCGCUGUUCAUGCUGGCGAUCAUGGAGACGGCCAUCGGGAUCUGCUUCCUGUUCAACUUGUUUCCCAAGGGCUUGUUUCUGGUUUUCAUUUUCCACCAGGCCAGCACAUUCACACCGCUGUUUAUGUUCCCAGAGAUUUGCUUCAAGUUUGUCCCCUUCGCUCCGACGAUGGAGGGGCAGUACAUCUUGAAGAACCUCAUUUCUGUCGCCGCGGGAUGGACGAUAUUGUUGCCGGCCAUGAAGGCUAGUUGGGCGAAGUGGUUUCAAGAACGUACAAUCAAGAGUUAUCGCACCCAUUUCAUCGCCGUUGCCAUCGCCCUGGGCUUGGGCACCGGUAUCAGCGUGACCUAUGCGAAGUAUCGCGGCACCGAGUUGAGCCGUGUGCCAGCUCGCCCUACCGAUAUUGCUCCCGAAGUUGAAGGGCACGACACGUACGCCACGCCCUUCUACUCACAGCCGACGACCGACGAGUUAAUACUCUACCCGACCGUCGACAAAGGGAUGCGAACCCCCUUCGACUUGUGGCGGUACUACGGGCGUGGGGCCUCUUCGUUCAGUUCGCCCAUGAUGCCGAUGCGGUUCGAGCAAUGGCUCUCGUUCCACCGCAAUCAAAAGCCGCAACUGAUGAAAGACGUGCGGGCCUACAUGAACGGCCGCUUCAACUUCUCGGGCGAGGCCAUCGAGGAGCAAACCAUGUCGGGCGGCAAGCCCAUCAUGAAAGGCCCCGUGGCCCGACUGCCCGACGGCAUCGAAUCAUUUGAAGAACUAGCCAAGCUCAGCCCCGAGGAAAUUCGGGAACAGGACAUCUUCCCCUACAAGCCGCUGGCCCAUCCGCUGCAGACCACGGCCCACAUGGUGUUCCCCGAUCAAUGGGUGGCCGUGCAUCCCGAGCACAAGCGAAUCGACGUGGAUAUGGACUUCCCCACGGCAUACCUGCCCGAGUUCCCGCCACCGUUGUUCCUCACCACGCACAAAGAACUGGGCGACGUGACCAACGGUCAGGAAGUGACCCUCGACAAUUUCUUCCCCAUCUUCGACGGGCUGCUUACGCCCGAGCAGAUGGAAGGUUUGAAGGAGCUUCUGCGUCCCUCGCCCACCACGUGGUUCAACCACACCGAUCAUCGCGUGACCGAGAAGGCUUCCAAGGGCGUGGCCUGCAUGGACUGCCAUGUCAACGGUCACACCAACGGCGCCUUCGAGCUGGCUCCCGACUCUCGGCCGCACAUGGCACGGCUUCGCGUUGACACGCCCACAAUGCGGGGCAACUUCAACCUGAUGCAGCUUUCGUCGAAACGUUCGGUGCGUAGCUUGGAUCACUUCUCGGAAAUCGAAGAGUACUUCGAUGGCGACCCCGGCAUGCAACAGGCCAUUGGUCCUCGCGCGGUGAAGCGUGAAGUGAGCAACCGCAUGGCCGACUUCAACGCGAUUAUCGACAACCCGCCGGCCCCCAAGCUCGACCCGUUGAUGCGACUGAUUCCUUCGAAGUCCACCGAGUCGGAACUUCGCGGCGAAGCCCUGUUCCACGGCAAGGCCCAAUGUGCCAAGUGCCACUAUGGGGCCGCCUUCACCGACGACAGUAUGUACGACCUGAUGGUCGAACGGUUUUAUGUGGGGCGCCCGGAAGGGCCCAUCAAGACAUUCCCACUGCGGGGCAUCAAAGACAGCCCACCGUACUUUCACGACGGUCGCUGUCCCACCCUGCACGAUACAGUCGAGUUCUUCAACAUCGUGUUGCAGCUCAACCUGAAUAAACAAGAGAAAGAGGACCUGGUGGCCUACAUGCUGUGCUUGUAA